AGGAGAAGGGAGGGGAGGGGAGGUGGAGGGACGAGAGGGGUGAGAUGGGGUGGGUGAACGAGGAGCGGAAGCAGGUAUAAACAGGCCCUCUCGCGGAGGCCGCAGUGAUAGCAGACCCCGUGGGUAUAUCUUGUCGCCCGAGCCCCCUCGUGAUCAUAUCUUACCUAGCGACCAACCAACGGCCACCGAAUAGUGCUUGCCCUCUCGCCUCCGUCUCCGUCUCCGUCUCCGUCUCCGCCCCCGCAACCAUGGCACCCGUCGAAAUCGGCGUCUUCAUCCCCAUCGGCAACAACGGAUGGCUCAUCUCGAAGACGUCGCCGCAGUACAUGCCGACGUGGGAGCUCAACCGCGAGGUGGUGCAGCGCGCCGAGCACCACGGCUUCGACUUCGCCCUCUCCAUGGUUAAGCUGCGGGGCUUCGGCGGGCCCACCGCCUUCUGGGACCACAACCUCGAGCCCUUCACGCUCAUGGCCGCCCUCGCCGCCGCCACCACGCGCAUCCGCCUGUUCGCCUCCGCCGCCGUGCUCGCCGUGCCCCCCGCCAUCGCCGCUCGCAUGGCCGUCACCAUCGACGCCGUCGCCCCGGGCCGCUUCGGCCUCAACAUCGUCACCGGUUGGCAGCCCGCCGAGUACGCCCAGAUGGGCCUCUGGCCCGGCGACGCCUUCUUCGGCUACCGCUACGACUACGCGAGCGAGUACGUCAGCAUCCUCCGCGACCUUUGGCGCCGCGGCGUCUCCGACUUCCAGGGCGACCACUUCCACAUGGACGACUGCCGCCUCUUACCGCGCCCCAGCGCCGGAGACAUCCCCGUCAUCGCCGCCGGCCAGUCCGACCGCGGCAUCGAGUUCGCCUCUCAGCACGCCGACUACAACUUCACGGUCGGCCGGGGAAUCAACACGCCGAAGGCCUUCGCCAAGGCCUCGUCGCGCCUCGUCGACGCCGCCGCCGCCACCGGCCGCGACGUCGGCUCCUACGUCCUGUUCAUGAUCAUCGCCGAGGACACCGACGACGAGGCCCAAGCCAAGUGGAGCCGCUACAGCGACGGCAUCGACACCGAGGCCGCCGCCUGGAUGAUCUCUCAGUCUGCCAAGGACGUCGAAGCCGACGCCAACUCCCUCGCACGAAACCUGAGCAUCCCCGAAGGCACGGUCAGCAUGAACGUCGGCACCCUAAUCGGUUCCUACGAGAAGGUCGCCGCUAUGCUCGACGAGAUCGCCGAGGUACCGGGCACGAAGGGUAUCAUGCUCACGUUCGACGACUUCGUGGAGGGCGUAGAUAAAUUCGGCGAGAAGAUACAGCCGUUGAUGAAGAGUCGGCAGGGGAGAGAAUAGUUUAGGUAUACGUCUAUCCCUUUGUCUUCCUUAAAACGAGGGGCUAGCUGGGUACCGAUAAUAGUGAAUGAGUAAUGUUCUUUCUCAUCAUAAGCUACCGAGUGGUGUUAUUUACACAACGCAUUCUGCUCGCAACCGGGACUCGGGCGUCUCCUGGCGCGAUUGUCUAGGCCGGACUGACGUGCCUUGCACGACGACACGACGAGGUAGCAACCGGCGUGUCUUUUUUUAUCUCAUGCUUUAUCACCAACUUAUACAGGACAGGACGUGGCGUGAUACGUGUGACAUACCUAGAUUACGAAUCACAGGAUGGCAGAAUCGUCGUCACAUCGAAUGAGAUACCUACGAUAGCCAAUAAUACCGAGAGAGGGCAUGGUGAACAUUACCUACAGUCUAAAAUGCUGCCCGAAUCUUGCCCUCCCCCGUUUCCUUCUUCGUAUUUCAAUAUAGGCAAAGGGAGCUCCCUAUGGGCCUCGCUAAUACCACUGUGUGUUCCAUCAGUUAAUAGGUGUAGAUGGGCCUCGAUCCAGCCAUGAUAUGUAAGCCCCCUGUCCCCCGCCCUCAAAAAAAAAAAAAAA